AAAAAAAAAAAAAAAAAAGGUCAAUACAUCUAUAAUUAUAUAUUAGCCACCAAUUUUAACAUUUUAUAUGGAAAUAAAACCAGAAUUAAAGCUAUAAACAAAUUAUUUGAGGCCUACUUUGGUUCCAGAGUGGACAUAAAAGACAGAAAAAUGAAAUAAAAAUUCAAAGGUUGGAGCUAAAUCCAGGUUGUGAGGACACAUAAAUAUCCAGAGAGAAAAAGAGAAAAAGAUCAGAAAGAAACACAAAUUAAAAAAAAUAAAAUAAUCUCUUUCAUUGAUUCAAAACUUCCAGUAUAAGCGAGCAUAUAAUUCACAGCUGUUAUAAUGUCUAAUAAAAAUAUAAUGUGAUAUUUCUAAACUCCGAAUCCAUUCCUUAUUUAUCUCCCUCCCCUUUCCUGCCUCUGUGUCAGACCCACAGACCUCCUCAUUUGGACCCCCGAGUUUUUUUUUUUUUCUUGCGUUGGCGAAUCACAAAGUGUUGGCAUCUAUUGCCUUUGUCUGACAAGUCAUCCAUAUAAGCAAAAAGGGGGGGUCUGCAGAGCGGAGGAGAGGGGUGAGAGAAGAGGAGAAGAGGAGAAGAGGAGGGGUUGCAGCUUUUAGAAACCACAGACACAGAGAGACGCUUCAUUCCCAGCCCAAAGAUCCAGCAUAACGCAUCCACACAGAGAGAGAAGAGAAACCAUACGAGUGCGCAUGUUUUCUUCCACCACCGACGCGUGAAUCAAGGCCACCAAGGAUUGAGGAGAUACCGAGGAGAUAUUUCCUUUUCAAGACUCUUGUGUGAGAAUUACUGCUUCACCUGCUUUUGAGAGAAAGAAAAAAACACCCAGGUCGUGUUUUACUGAAACAAUCCUCUCCUAUACCCGGUCAUGCUGCUGCUGCUGCUGCUGCUGCUGCGCACCUGCCACCAGACCUCCGCACCAGCACCGGACUGUUGUUGAAGAGAGAGGCAACUUUUUGGGGGUAAAGAAGUUGCAAGGAGGGUGGAGGGGGCAAACUAUAAGUCCCUCCAUCGAGUAUAGAGAGAGCCACCUUUUUUUCUUCACAUUUUCACCCUUGAUCGGAAGGCGAAAACGGCGACUUCAGUUGAUUAUCUGUCUUUCCUUUGCUAUCCAAUGGAUAUUCACUGUAAAGCAGACCCCUUCACAGCGAUGCACCCUCGGCACGGAGGUGUGAACCAGCUCGGCGGGGUGUUUGUGAACGGCAGACCCCUCCCGGACGUGGUGAGGCAGCGGAUCGUGGAGCUCGCCCACCAGGGCGUCCGGCCCUGCGACAUCUCCAGACAGCUGCGGGUCAGCCACGGCUGCGUCAGCAAGAUCCUGGGCAGAUACUACGAGACUGGCAGCAUCAAACCCGGGGUGAUAGGUGGCUCUAAACCUAAAGUGGCCACGCCAAAGGUGGUGGACAAAAUCGCAGACUACAAGAGACAAAACCCGACCAUGUUUGCGUGGGAGAUCAGAGACAGACUGCUGGCAGAGGCUGUCUGCGACAACGACACUGUCCCCAGCGUCUCAUCCAUUAACAGGAUCAUCCGAACAAAAGUCCAGCAGCCUUUCCAUCCGUCUCCUGAUGGGUCGUCCCUGUCCACACCUGGCCAUACUAUAGUACCAAGCACAGCCUCUCCGCCUGUAACCAGCGCCUCCAACGACCCUGCAGGAUCCUACUCCAUCAACGGGAUUCUGGGUAUUCCACGAUCCAACGGUGAAAAGAGGAAAAGAGAUGAAGAUGGUUCAGAUGGUUCUGGCCCACACAGUGAUUCUCAGGGUAGUGUGGAGAGUUUACGGAAACACCUUAGGGCAGAUGCCUUCACCCAGCAGCAGCUGGAAGCGCUGGACCGGGUCUUUGAACGCCCCUCGUACCCUGACGUCUUCCCCACAUCGGAGCACGUCAAACCUGAACAGGCUAAUGAGUACUCGCUCCCUGCCCUGAAUUCCAGCCUGGACGAAGUCAAGCCCAGUUUAUCCUCCAGCGUCAACCCAGACCUGGGCCCCAGCGUGUCGCAAAGCUACCCUGUAGGUCGGGAUAUGGCCAACACAACCUUACCCGGGUACCCCCCUCACGUUCCCCCCACAGGCCAGGGCAGCUACCCGACCUCCACGCUCGCCGGGAUGGUUCCUGGGAGCGAGUUUUCGGGGAACCCCUACAGUCACCCGCAGUACACAACCUACAACGACGCCUGGCGAUUCAGUAACCCAGCAUUACUAAUGCCGCAUCGAGAGGCUCCGCCCCUCCAACUGCUGCCACUGCCUAUGACCGUCACUAGUUACCAUGGAAACCAAAUCAACCUGCAGGACCAUGGCCUUAGCCUCCAUAUUGCCCCGGUGUGAGCGGCAUGGUCCACUGGACACUGAGCAACUGCGCAUAAAAUGUUCCCUGGCUCACACAAUGAGAAACUUAACGUUCUUUUGGAGGGGGGGAGGGUUCCAGAUGACGUCUCUCCUCGCAGCUUUUUUGGACAAUGAACGCCAAAAAAAAAAAAAAUACAAGAAGAUCAACAGAGACACUGAAAGUCCCUACACACACACACACACACACACACACACACACACACACACACACAUACACAAUGAAAAC